CACCUCACUGUUGGAUAACAUAUUGAUUUACUCAUUAAACUUGGUCUAAUCAUUUGCAAGGCACCAUAAAUGUGUGCACUGAAGUCCUUCAUCUCCAUGGCCACGUCUACAAUCAAUCAUUAAUGUUUAAUAAAGAAAAGAAGCUGGCUAUAAGAAUCAACCGCAAGUCCGAAGGUGAUAGCAUCACCAGGGGAGCAGGUGAACAGUAUGGAUUGAUGCGCCGUCAAAAUGGAAGAAGCUGAAGACAGUAUUGCAGUGGUGGGCAUUGGAUGCAAUUUUCCAGGGGGAGAGGGGCUUGACAAUUUCUGGAAGGUUCUCAUGGAUGGUAGAAACUGUUCUGUGCCAAUUCCCAGGGAAAGGUUCGACUUGGCCAGCUGGUAUGACCCCGAUGACAACAAGGCGGGUAAAUCCCGCACAGCCAAGGCUGCACUCAUUGACGGGUUCAAUGAAUUUGACCACAAGUUCUUCGGCAUCAGUGACAGUGAAGUGGAACAAAUGGACCCUCAACAAAAACAGCUCCUUCAGUGUGUUUACAGAGCUUUAGAAAAUGCUGGACUUCCUAUGGAGAAGGCUAGUGGGACCAGGACAGGAGUGUUUUUUGGUCUCAUGAACAGAGAUUAUGAAACAAAUGCUGCACAUGUGCACCCAAGUGUCAUCAACCAUUGGACUGGCACAGGACUUGCCAUGAGCAUCGCAGCAAACAGAGUCUCCUACAUCUUCAACUUUACUGGACCCUCACUGUCCAUAGACUGCGCCUGCUCAUCCUCACUUGUGGCUCUUCAUCUUGCCUGUCAAUCCAUUAAACAAGGCGAUUGCGACAUGGCUGUUUGUGGGGGAGUGAACUGUAUCAUAGAGCCAAGAGUGUUUGUUGCUCUCAGCAAGGCCAAGAUGAUCUCACCUGAAGGGACCAGCAAACCCUUCUCCAACACAGCAGAUGGCUAUGGUAGAGGGGAAGGCUGUGGGGUUGUUCUCUUGAAGCCACUGAAAAAGGCAAUACAAGACCAUGACCAUAUCUGGGGUAUCAUCAGCAAAACAGCUGUCAACCAAGAUGGACACUCAGUCUCUCCAAUCACCAAACCAUCCAUGACACAACAAGAGGAGCUCCUGCGAAGAAUCUACUCAGAGUCUGACCUCACAAAUGUCCAGUACAUAGAGGCACAUGGGACUGGAACCCCAGUCGGAGACCCAACGGAGGCGGGAAGCAUCUCAAACGUCAUUGCCAAAGCCAGACUUCCGGGUUCAGAGACACUGCGGAUUGGCUCUGUGAAGAGCAAUAUUGGACAUACAGAAUCUGCUGCAGGAGUGGCCGGGCUCAUUAAGGUUCUCCUAAUGAUGAAGCACGAGACUUUUGUACCAUCAGUUUUUUAUUCUGAGGAAUCCACCAGUGUAGAUGCCAGAGCCCUGAACAUUAAAGUUCAAAAGGAAGCAGAAAAGUGGGAAGCAUCUGGUGCAAGAAUUGCAGGGGUUAACAACUUUGGCUUUGGGGGUACAAAUGCGCAUGCUAUUGUCAAACAGUACAAGCAGUCAGCCACUAGGCAAAAGAAUGAUCAGACACAACCAAAGUACUUUGUCAUGUCUGCAAAUUCAACAAAAUCUCUCACCCUGAUGAUGGAAGACACCAUUAAACAGCUAGAAGUAGACAGUAAAGUUGAUCUGGAUUCUCUGUUGUACACAUCAGCUUGCAGAAGAAGCCAUCUAAAACAUAAAUACAGAAAAGCCAUCAUUGCAUCAUCUGUAGAUGAUUUUAAAGACAAGCUAAAUUCUGCGGUGAGCAAAAAUAUUAGCCCAUCCAACCCAGAUUCAAGGUUAGUGUUUGUCUUCUGUGGAAAUGGCGUCACUUACCAUGGCAUGUGCAAGCAGCUGCUAAAAUACGAACCUGUAUUCAGAGAUAAGAUCAAAGAGAUUACACAUAUUUUUCAAAAGCUGAGCACUCUGAACAUCCUGGACAUGCUCGAGAGUGACUUUGAGAGUAGUGAUUUCAAAAACCCAGAGGUUGUCCAACCUUUGCUCUUUGCCAUCCAAGUUGGUAUUACCAGCCUACUCAGGCAUUGGGGUGUCAAGCCAGAUGCAAUACUUGGGCACUCUGUAGGGGAGGUUGCGGCAGCUCACUGCUCUGGCCUUUUGCCUCUUGAGGAUGCAGUGAAGGUCAUCUAUUUCCGUAGCAUUCUUCAGAGCAAAGUCACUGGGGGGAAGAUGCUUGUGAUCAGCAACAUGGUCAUAUCAGAGGUAGCUGCUUUUCUCCCUCAUUACUCCGGGAGAGUUUGCCUUGCUGCUUUCAACAGCCCGCAGUCCUGCACCCUCUCAGGUGAUGCAGAUGCAAUCAAGAGCCUCCAUGAGGAGCUAAGCACCUCAGCCAACAGUCAGAAUCUGUUCCUCCAUGUCCUGGAUGUGCCUGCUGCUUACCACAGCCACAUGAUGGAUCCAAUUCUGCCAGAAAUCAAGGAAACAAUUGGCUCCUUACAGGUUAAUGAUCUCGACACAGAGUUGUUCUCAACAGUGACAGGCAAGGAAAUCCAGCAGGGAGAUUUCUGCACAGGUGAAUACUGGGCGAGAAACAUUCGUGAGCCUGUAGUUUUUGAGCAGGCAGUGAGGUCAGCAGCUAAAGGGAAGAAGAACACAGUCUUUGUAGAGAUAGGUCCAAGAAGGGCACUACAGAGAAACAUCAUGGAAUCUCUGGGUAAUAGCACAGCUGUCUUAGCUUCAGUGCAGCCAGAGAAGGAUCACGAAACAAUCAUGUCUGUUGUUUCUAAGCUGUUCGAACUAGGUGUUCAGGUAGACUGGGACACCUUCUACAAAGGGUAUGAGACGAUGCCACUGCCUUUCCCGAAAUAUAAGUUUGAUUGCUCGGACAGAGAUGUUAUCAUAGGAGCAGCACAGAAAAACACAGUGAGUGAUCAUCCUGUGCUCCGUCAGACAGGAAAUGAAAGCAACAUUUUUAGCUGCGAUCUGAUGUCAGACUCCUCUUUCUACCUGAAAGAGCACAAGCACAACAAUAUACCCAUCAUCCCUGGUGCCUUCUACGCUGAGCUGGGUUUAGCUGCAGUCAUGGCCAGUACCAAACCAAAAGUAACGCUCAACGCACUACAGCUCAGUGUCAAUUUCCACAGUCCAUGUGUUUUAACCCUGAAUUCACCUGACAUGAAGGUACAACUGGAACAAACAGAGAAAGAAACCAGUUUCAGGGUGUUCUCCCCAUCUGCAGUGUAUGCAUCAGGCACAGUUGUUUCCAAAAGAGAGAGACUGAUUGAGGAGCAGUGCAUUUCACUAAGCUCCAUCUAUAAAAGAUGCACAUCUGUAGUGAGCGCUCAGGAGUUCUAUGGGUAUCUGUCUCAAGGAGGCUUUCAGUACGGAGAUGUCUUCCAGAAUAAGGGGGAUGUGCACUAUGGAGAAGACCUCAAGGAGGCUUUUGCUGUUGUCUCAGUUCCAGAGGAACUACGGUCUCAGUUGCAUGACUACUGCAUUCAUCCUGUUGUGUUGGAUUUUCUGAUGCAGCUUCUCCCAGUUACGGUGGAGCACAUUUUUGCUGGCAGGCCAGGCUUUCCUGCCAAAAUAGGAAGCUUGACCAUGUGUGAACCCUUGCAAGAUGAGAUGAUUGUCUAUUUGAGAGCAAUCGAUGUGGGCACUGAUCACUUUGAGGUUUGUGGCUGUUUUUCAGACAGAGAAGGCAGAGUCUUGGUUGAGGUUAAGAAUGUGAUAAUCAAGUAUCUCGGCAGUAGCUCUCAUGUGGUUGAGGAGUACUUCUACCACAAUUCCUUCAGUGUCAUCUCUGAAGGUAUCACAUCUGCUCCUCCUCCUAAGGCCUUGGUCUUCUGUGAUUGUAUAGGGAUCUCUGAAGGUCUCAAACAACAUUUGGACUCAAGUUCUCAAUAUGUGUUGUUCACACAUGCAAAAGAUAUCUUGAGCUAUGGCUUUCCCUCUCUCUUGGCAAAACUUAAUAUCACAGAUAUCAAGAAAAACUUUGAUGAGGUCUUGUUUUUGUGGGGCAAAGAAGACCUUACUUCGCUGGCAGCUGAUGUGGUCCUGCAGAAUUUAGCGAGCUGCUGUGAGAUUUUCCGCCAAAUAGUCCUUGAGCUCAAGCGAAUUCACUUCAAACAAUCCAUUAGAGCAGUAACCUACCGCUCAUCUGACAUCACUGUAGACCACAUAAGUCCAGGUUUUUCUCUUGCUGGUAUGACAAGAUCAUUUGCUGCAGAGAUACCAGAUCUUUCAUUUCAGUUCAUUGAUAUAAACACUGUCUCCGCUAAGGACAUUGCAGCUUUGUCUGAGGUCCUACAGUCAUAUCCUUGCAGCAAAUACCCAGAGUUGGUGGUGAAAGAUGGACUGAUUUUGAAACCUUCCAUUGUCCGUACUCCACCUGAGAUAACUGACAGUUCAGUGGGGAGCUUCACCUCUACAAUGUCUGAGCCCUGCAUCUUUAAGACAGCUGAUGCACAUAGCAUUACUCAAGUGAGUGCCAUUUACUUUGAACAAGGGGCCCUGCCAAUCAGUGCCACAUCAGUUGAAAUUCAGCCCAGUAAGAUAUGUGUUCACUCAUCUGAUUACUUCCCUGUCAGUGUUUCGCAUCUGAAAUUUGGCCAGACACUGUACUGGAACAAACACUCAUUACAGAAUCACAAGCUACUGGCUCUUGAUUUCAGUGGUAUUGUUACAGCAGUGGGAAAAGACGUCCAGAAAUUGAAAGUGGGUGAUCACAUUGCUUCUUGUUAUCCUGUGGUGGCAGCCAACAAGAUUAGAGUUCCAGAGGAUGCGUGCUACAGCACCAAACGAUUUCCAGUUUUUCAAAAAACACCCUGUGUUUCCUACUUCGUGCUCGCAUGGGAAAUCCUGCAUCGAGCCUUGCCCAGAGCCAAACAUCAUCUAGGAAUUAUAUCCUCUGUCCCAGACUCUGCUCUGAUGAAAGUCUUGGCACUUACUGCUUACAAAUCAGGCUGGAAUGUGGUUGUUGGAACACAGUGCAAUGGCUCUUUUGUAGAUGUCAGUCAAAUGGAUGCAUUUGUCAUCCUGCCUCCAUUUGAUGAGUCCCUGAUUGAAAAAAUUUGCAAUUUCCCUGGUGUCCAACACGUUGUCAUCAUCUGUGAUUCUCAGAUGCAGGGUUUGCUUACUCAAGAUGUGUUUGACAAUAUAAAGGAGAAUGUUCAUGUGCAGACAAUUCAGAUGCCAAUCAUUUUGCAAAAGGGAUCUUUGAGUGCACAAAGGCCGCACAUUUAUCACUGGCUCAAGUCCUUGAACUUGAGCAGGAAAUUUGCCCUUAAAAGCUUUACGUUUCAGAGUGUGAAAUCUGACAGCACCAAGUACAUUCAUUUUGAGAAACCAGAAUCCUAUUUCAACUCAAAGAAACUAGCUGUUGUGGCUCUGGAAAAAGAUGCUGGCAGCACCCUGUCUGAGAUUCCACUGCUACCAACAAAAAAACAGCUUUUCCAUAAGAGGGCAGUGUACAUAGUGGCAGGUGGUCUCUCUGGUCUGGGCUUUGAGACUGUAAAGUUCAUCUCACAAAGAGGGGGAGAGUAUAUUGUCAUACUCUCCAGGAGCAAGCCCACACCAGAGGUGCAGCAAGAGAUACACAACAUAGAGAAACAGUGUGGAAACUGCAUUACUAGCAUGGAGUGUGACAUAUCUGUCUCUGAGCAGGUGCACAAGGUUAUCAGUGUCAUUGGUCAGAAGUUCCCUGAUUGUCCAGUUAGGGGAGUGUUUCACAGUGCAGUUGUCUUGCACGAUGGGCUGAUUGAGACCCUCAACAGAUCUCUUUAUGAGAAAGUUCUCAAACCAAAAGUAAAUGGUGCACUGAACUUGCACCACGCGACACAGCACUGUCAGCUGGACUACUUUGUGUGUUUCUCCUCUAUCUCUGCUUUUCUGGGAAAUGCAUCACAAACUAACUACGCAGCGGCCAACACAUUCCUUGACAUGUUCUGUCAGUACAGGCGCAAACUUGGGCUGCCUGGACAGUCCAUCAACUGGGGAGCUCUGAACCUCGGUCUCCUCCUGAAUAAGGAGCAUUUUCAGAGAUUUCUGGAGGCGAAAGGGAUGAUGGUGUUGAAUGUGGCUGAAAUUCAUAAAAGCUUGGAGCAAUGCCUCGUGCUCAAUCGACCCCAACAGGCUGUUUGCAGGUUUCACUUCAGAAACAUCAGGUACAACAUCCUCUCUCAAAACAAGGCUUUGACCAUGCGCCUCAUCGCGUUAGUUGAGGAGGCUUUCCAAAAAUCCAAAGAGAAGGAUUCUGAAACUAAACAAACUGAGUCCGUCUCACCAAAAGAGUAUGUAGUCUCUCUCCUUAGUGAGACCAUUGGCAUGGAUCAGAGUGAGCUGAAAGACAACUCACCUCUCUCAUCCUUAGGCAUUGACUCCAUGCAGGCCAUGACUCUGCAGAAUCUGAUCUUUCAGGAGAGAGAUGUGAAUGUGCCUUUGGUGAAACUAUUGGAUCCUAAUGCCACUAUAUCAACAGUGGUAGCUAUACUGAGUGAAGGAGCUGAAGGUGAAACUUUCAGUGAUAUCCCAGUUACUAGUAUCCCCGCUGAAAACACUGAGGAUCUGUCAACCAGACUGUAAAAAUGAGACAUACUGUAUAUGGAAUAUGUAAACAGCAUCAUGUAUCAGACCUCCAUUUUGUCAUUUAAUUCAGCAGAGGGUUUAUGAUGGUCAUUGCAACACAAUAGCAAUAUUGUGUUUGCCAUGUGUUUCUUUUGCAUUUUGCCUUUUGUUGUUAUGUAAAUGUUUUAUCCUGGUUAUUAUUUCAGUUCAUUUUGAUAUUGUAAUUUGACAUUAUUUUACAUGAAUAUAACCAUACACCACAUUAUUUUACACACUGUUUUGGAGACUUGCUCAAUUUUAAAUGGGUGUUUUGUAUCACAGUUUUAUUCAUUCUUCUUAUUAAUAUGUUCAUGAUGAAAAUAUGAAAACAGUCUGCAUUACAAUUAAAUGCAAAAUUUAUAAAAUGUAUUCAGUGUAUACAUUGAGUAGUUGGUAUAGAAUAUGUGCAUUAUUUUGUAUUUUAUUAAUUCUCAAUAAUUUUUAUCUUGAAAGUGCUUGUAAUUUUCCAAGUUUGUCACAGGGUGUGGUCCACACUAACAAACACUAAUAUCAACUCACUUUUAUCUGCCUGUUUUACUUUCACUCAUCUUUAACAGGUCAUGGUCAGUUCUUAUCACUGUUAGCUUAAUUAUUCUGACUGUCUGUUUUCUGAUGAUGAUGAUGAUGGAAAAAAAGCAUGUGAUACAUUAGUCUGGCUUGUUCCAUAAAUGUUCAGUUGGCAGCAUACAUUAUUACUGAGUAUUUUGCUGUUUGAACCACUAAUUGCUCUCUUGGAGGACAUUGCCACCAUAAGGAAAUAUGUAAAUAAAAUUAUAACAGGCACAGUAAUCUGUUACAUAAGUGUCUAUACCAUUGUUUUCCUCCUCCUCAAUUCCACCUCUCAAGCAAAAAGUUGUUUUUCUAUUUGACUCUUCUUUUAACAUACCAAUAGUUGGUAUUGAAGCUAGUGUAAAACAUUAGUUUGACCUUUAUUUUAUAUUUACUUCAUAGCAAACUUUAAUGGAAAUUAUCUCAAAUCAUGGAAACGUGCAGUGUUUUUGUUUUUAUUUUUUUUGCUGUAUCAGAACACAAUAAAUCAAGCUGCCAAUUUCUGUGUGUGUGUGUACGUGAUAAG